AUGGCUUCCCAGGCUGUGAGAAACUCAGUCCUCGUUCUGAGGAUUUUUACUCUUCUAUUAUUAGCUGCUUCUGUUGCACUUAUGUUGAUCAACAAUUUCACGCUUAGUGAUGGUUCCAAAGCUAAGUUCUCAGAUCUCAUUGCUUACAGGUAUGUACUUGCAACUGCACUUACAGGAGUCGCCUACACGCUGAUUCAAAUUCCUUUCGCAAUACACAACGUGGCGAAUGAGAAGAGGCUUAUACGUAAUGGGUUUUUACAAGAAUUUGAUUUCUACGGAGACAAGAUUAUAGCAUUCCUUUUGGCCACUGGAGUUGGUGUUGGUUUCGGUGUAAGUUUUGAGGUAAAGAGAUUGAUAAACCAAGGUGGGGGCGAAGAAGACGAGGAGACAUCGAAAACGAACAAAUUCCUCGACAAAGGCAACAUUUCGACUGGACUUCUAUUCGCUGGAUUUGUUUGCAUGGCUGUGCUAUGCAUCCUUUCGUCUUUCCGUCUCUCUAUGACCAAUAGACGCUUCUUCAAAAUUACAUUAUCACUUAUCUAUAAGCAAUUAUACAUGUUAAGUAGCAAUAAUCCAUCUUCUUCUUCCGAGCCGUUUGCUUCUUCAGAAAAUGAAAACAGUAGCAAAAGAAAAAGAAGGCCUGCAGGAACCCCAGAUCCAGAUGCAGAAGUUGUAUCUCUUUCACCAAAAACCCUACUGGAAUCAGAUCGAUAUGUAUGUGAGAUCUGCAAUCAAGGGUUCCAAAGAGAUCAAAAUUUACAGAUGCAUAGAAGAAGACACAAAGUACCUUGGAAACUGCUAAAAAGGGAGACACCAAUAGCAAAGAAGAGAGUAUUCGUGUGCCCCGAGCCUAGCUGUUUGCAUCAUGACCCUUGCCAUGCUUUAGGUGAUCUUGUGGGAAUCAAAAAACAUUUCAGAAGAAAACACAGUAAUCAUAAACAGUGGGUUUGUGAGAAAUGUUCAAAGGGAUAUGCAGUUCAAUCUGAUUACAAGGCACAUCUCAAAACUUGUGGAACUAGAGGACAUUCUUGUGACUGUGGCCGUGUCUUCUCAAGGGUGGAGAGUUUCAUUGAGCACCAAGAUUCUUGCAGCAUGGGGCGUCUCAGAUCGGAAUCACACAGUAAUUUACAGCCUGCAGCAUGUUUAUCUCGAACAGCCUCAAGCCCCAGUCCCUCCAGUGACACCAACGUUGCUCCAAUGUUUUCUGCACCUCUCUCUUUACCAAAUCCAAAAAUGGACAACAAUUUCUUGAACCCUUCUGCAGGUGAUUCCUGUAAAAAUUUCAUGAAUUCCUGGCCACCAAAUUUAGAGCUCCAGCUCUUAACCAAAAUGGAUGAAAAUCAGUCAACUCAACUUCAACUCUCUAUUGGGUCAUCAGAAAUCAGUGAAAAAACCGAAAUGGAUAAUGCAAAUAUUUGCAGUAGUGAGAAGCCAAACAUGGCUGUGGCCGCGCCACAAUCUAGACGACUGAAAGAACAGACAGAGGAACAGCUAAGGUUGGCCAUGACUGAGAAGGCUUAUGCAGAACACGCAAGGCAACUGGCCAAGCGACAGAUUGAAUUGGCAGAACAAGAAUUUGCCAAUGCAAAAAGAAUCAGACAACAAGCACGGGCAGAAUUAGAGAAAGCAGUGGCCUUGAAACAACAUGCUAUAAAUCAAAUCAAUUCAACUACAUUACAAGUUACUUGCCAUGCUUGUAAGCAGCAGUUUCAAGCUUCACGUACAGUUACGGAAACACUGUCUCCCAGCGGAAAUUCACUUGGACUGAGUUACAUAUCAUCUGGUUUAAGAGAAUGGGAUAUCAAGAGAGGUGAUCAAACUGAUAACUGA